AUGAAGAACGGAACAAUCGUAGUCAUCGGAUCGGGCGUAAUCGGACUCUCCACAGCCCUCCACAUCCAAGAACACCUACCCCGAUCGCAGAAGAUCCUCAUCACCGCUAGAGAAUUCCCCAAUGUCACCUCACUGAACUACGCCUCGCCCUGGGCCGGUGCCCAUUACCGCCCCGUGCCAGGGUCCUCCGCGCAGGCCGCGCGCGAAGAGAGCCAAGCCCGUCGCACGUACGGAUACUUCAAGCGGCUCGCUGCCGAGGACCCGUCGUCCGGCGUCCAGCUCAUCGACGGCGAGGAGCACCUCGAGGCUCCGCCGCCCGAAUACCUCGAUACAGCUCUCAUCCACCACUUCUACGCCCAUCUCGACGGCUUCCGCCUGCUGACGGCCGGCGAGACGCCCGCCGGCGUCAAAUGGGCCGCACGGUACCGCACCUUCGUGAUCAACCCGCCCGUCUACUGCGCCUACCUGCUCCGGAAAUUCAUCCUGAACGGCGGGCAGGUGCAAGAAUACACGCUUGUCGACCCGAUGGAGGCGUUCCAGAUGGCCGACAACGUGCAGACGGUCGUGAACUGCUCCGGGCUGGGCUUCGGCGAUCCCAAAUCGUUUAUUAUCCGCGGCCAAACCUGUCUCGUCCGCAACCCGUGCGCCGCCACCGUCACCCGCCAGAACUCCGACGGCACCUGGUCCUUCUGCAUCCCGCGCCCGCUGGGAGGCGGCACCAUCAUCGGCGGCACCAAGCAGCCGCGCGACUGGACCCCGCACCCGUCGCCGGCAACGCGCGCGACCCUCCUCGCCAACGCGGCGAAAUGGUUCCCCUUCACCGCGGAGAGCGGAGGUGAGUUCGACGUCGUGCGGGAUAUCGUGGGCCGGCGGCCGGCGCGCGAGGGCGGGAUGCGGAUCGAGGCGGAGAAGGUCGGCGAAGAGCGGACCAUUGUGCAUGCGUAUGGGGCUGCCGGGCGCGGGUAUGAGUUGUCGUGGGGGGUUGCGCAGGAUGUGGUGCAGCUGAUGGUUGAGAAUGGGUUGGUGCAGGAGAAGACGUCGUUGUAA